AUGGCUCGGGGCAAGCGCUCAUUUAGGGGCGCCGAACUAAUGGGUAAAUGGCGGGCCUCCAAAUAUCAAAGGGCAGCUGCGGCGGAAACAAACAACAAAAAUUCCAAGAAAACGAAAGAAACGUAUGCUGAGAUCGUCUACGAAAAUGCGGCAUUCGAGGAAUACUACAAAGCACAAGAUAUCUGCCCCCAGGAUCAGUGGGACAACUUCAUGGCCAUCCAGCGACUCCCUCUGCCAGGUAUGCUUGCUGUGUCAGUACAAGGGACGGGCAGUCAGUUGGUGCUAAUGGCUUUUGCAGCUGCUGUGCGCGUCAACGUUUCCGCCCCACUUUGGAAAAGCGCACGCGAUUUGCUUCUCAAGAUGAGCACAGAAGGAGUACGCUCUAACCUGCAGUCUGGGCAGUGGGAUACGGCAAGCAAGGUGGACAUGAAAAAGGACGGCUUUUAUAGGGAAAUCCGCUCUCAAAUCAUCAACGAAGACUUCAGGCCACAUCACCUCGUGCUGGAUAUGUGUUCAUCCCCGGGAUCUAAGACAUCGGAGAUGCUUGACAUGUUACAGUGGGAUGCCCGGCUACGUGAGCCCAAGGAAAGGGGGGGAUUCGUUGGCCUUUCUCCGGUGGCUGGGGCAGUCAUCGCAAACGAUGUCGAUUUGAAGCGUGCGGUAACACUGACGCAUCAGGUACAGAAGCUCGCGUCUCCGUCAGUGGCAGUUAGCUGCCUUGACGUCGCCGUGAGAGGCGUGUUUGCUCCUGCAGCUGCGUGCUUCCCGACGCUUUAUGAGAGCGCAGAAGGCGGUCCUCACAAGGAAAAACUGCAGUUCGACAGAAUACUAGCCGACGUACCAUGUAGUGGCGACGGAACACUGAGGAAGAACUUGGACGUGUGGAGGAGCUGGAACACCGGUGGCGGCCAUAGCAUGCACCCAAUCCAGCUCUCUAUUCUUUACCGUGGCCUCCAGCUCUUGCAUGUUGACGGGCGAAUUGUCUAUUCAACUUGCUCGCUAAAUCCUCUAGAGGAUGAGGUAGGUUCCACCGCUUGUCCGCAAUGCCGAAGGCUCGGUGGAUCGCCCGAUCUGUGGAGCCUUAAGUGGUCGAAGGGAAAAUCUUCGUGGCUCGUGCCGGCGCCUCCUGCCAAAGAGCCCAUACUUUCCGAGGAGUCUUCUAAGCCGAACGCACCAUCAGGCAGUCAGACCACCUUCUUUCGCACGUUUGAUGAGGUGCCAGAAGAAUUUCGUCAUCGGAUUCGGCCCACAAUGUUUCCCCCGCCGGGAGCGGAUUCAAUGUGCCUUGAAAAAUGUGUUCGAGUUUUGCCUCAUCAUAACAAUACAGGGGGUUUCUUCGUUUGCUGCCUCCGCAAAGUAGCGGAGCUUGACUGCACUCCACCUUGCAGAAGUGAGGGAGGUGCGGCAACUCUAAUGGGCAUACAUCCAGUGGAGCCGGAACCGAACCCUCUGCUUGGCGGAAGUUUGCUGCCUGAGGAAUCCAAUAUCAAUACACAGCCAACAGCAGCCUCGGGAGGUGUGGAGGACGUCUCUGAAGUCACUUCAACAGCAGUUACCAGUGAAGAGGCAGGAAGCCUGUAUGCACUUGCUGCAGCGGUUUCAAAGCCAGGGAGUCUCUUCCAUAUUUUGCUUCCAGCGAACUGCGACGCGGAAGGCUCGAAGGGCUUGCAGAUGAUCUUCGAUUUCUUUGGUUUGGAUGACAGAACGCCGUUGCUGUCUGGCGACUUGCGGGACCCAGGGAAACUGGAAUCGCUCGAUCCUAGCCUGCUUUUCCGACGAGUUCAUUCUCACAAGAAAAUGUUCCUGCUCUCGAGAAAAUUGGCGGACCUGGUGAAGAUUUGCUACGGGACGCCGGGGGUGCGCCCUCGGAAAGAACUGCUUGCUCACGCCCAGAGUCGACAGGGAGGGAGCAGCACUGAUGGCCACUUUUAUGAGAAGGCGCAUCGUCUUCGCCAGCUUAGUGGUUGGACGACUUCUGCUGUUGCCAGAGGCAAGGGCUGUGCGACUUUCCCAAUUGUUAGACUUCGAGAGUCGCAAGCACGUAUUCAAUCUGUCUUCGUGUAG